UUUAAACGCUGCUACUGCCACCACCACCACUACCAACCAUAAAACGUACCCACCAUUAACAAAUAAAACCCACCAUCUCACCACCAACCCAAUAAAAUCAGUUUUUCUUUUUGGUGUCAAUUGUUCAAUUUCGAUGGCCUCUUGUUCUUCUUCUCUUGUCUCCAAGCCUUUCCUGGGUGCUUCCAGACUCAACGGCUCUGAUAACCGGAAGCUCUCUAUCUCCACCGUUCGGAUCUCCUUCAGUCCUCGGGCUCCAAAAAAGCUUCAAAUACAUGCGGCAGGGAGUACAUUUGGCACGCACUUCCGUGUUACAACUUUUGGCGAGUCUCAUGGAGGUGGUGUUGGUUGUACAAUUGAUGGAUGCCCUCCUCGGGUCCCUCUUUCAGAAGCUGAUAUGCAAGUGGAUCUUGAUAGAAGGAGGCCUGGCCAAAGUCGAAUUACCACUCCUAGAAAAGAGACUGAUACAUGCAAAAUAUAUUCAGGUGUCUCUGAAGGAAUGACUACUGGAACACCAAUCCAUGUGUUUGUACCAAAUACUGACCAGAGAGGACAUGAUUACAGCGAAAUGUCAGUGGCUUAUAGACCUUCUCAUGCUGAUGCAACUUAUGACAUGAAGUAUGGUGUCAGAUCAGUGCAGGGUGGGGGAAGAUCUUCAGCAAGAGAGACCAUUGGAAGGGUUGCAUCAGGAGCUAUUGCAAAGAAAAUUCUCAAGCAAUUUUCAGGAACUGAGGUUCUUGCCUAUGUCUCUCAAGUUCACAAGGUUGUACUUCCAGAGGAUAUGGUUGAUCAUGAGACUCUGACACUUGAUCAGAUUGAGAGCAAUAUCGUCAGGUGUCCAGAUCCAGAAUAUGCAGAGAAGAUGAUUGCAGCCAUUGACAAAAUUCGUGUAAGAGGAGAUUCUGUUGGUGGUGUUGUCACAUGCAUUGUGAGGAAUGUCCCACGUGGGCUUGGUUCACCAGUUUUCGACAAACUUGAAGCUGAGUUGGCUAAAGCUGUUAUGUCACUACCUGCAACAAAGGGCUUUGAAUUUGGCAGUGGGUUUGCAGGCACUUUUCUGACUGGCAGUGAACAUAAUGAUGAAUUUUACAUGGAAGAACAUGGAAAAAUCAGGACUCGAACAAAUCGUUCUGGUGGAAUACAGGGCGGGAUAUCCAAUGGUGAAACUAUAUAUAUGAGAAUAGCUUUCAAGCCAACAUCUACAAUAGGAAAGAAGCAACAUACAGUCACUAGAGAUAAGGUAGAGACCGAACUAAUUGCUCGUGGUCGCCAUGAUCCUUGUGUUGUCCCACGAGCGGUGCCUAUGGUAGAAGCCAUGGUAGCCUUGGUUCUGGUGGACCAGUUGAUGGCGCAAUAUGCACAGUGCUAUAUGUUCCCCAUCAACCCGGAGCUACAAGAACCUUUGAAGUUGCCAAGAGCCGAGUCUGUCAACAUGACCAUCUGAGAGGUGGCAAACUGACUGUAACAUAUUUUCUGAGUGUUCUGCAAUUAGUGUGUACCUUAAAUAUGGUGGCCAAUUUUACUACGGACGCUUACCAUAAUCAUGGGAUUACAGAUUCAAGGCAAGCCCGUUAUUCUUUCUGUUUAUCCAUUUGGGUUUUUGUCCUUUGUUGUAAUUUUUGAAAUUAUAGGGUUAUUUUGUUUUACUUUUUCAUAGUUUUCCUUUUGAUGCAAUAUAAACGAAUAUUAUUUACUAAUAAAAUUUAUCAGAGUCAGUAAAAUGUUGUUUAACCUAA